AUGUCCACCACAGAUAUAAUUACAAAUAAUUAUGAUUAUGAUUGUGAUCAUGAUGAUAAUAAUGGUAUUGGUCAUGGUGACACAGACUUAUUUUAUAUGCAAUUUUGAUAUUUUUAGUGCCUGGCAGCUUCUGCACUUCUACCUUUAACUGUGGGUUCUCAGCUGGAGAUUUUGUGGAUAUCACUCCAACUAGACGCACAAAAACCGACAAGGUGGUUGACAGAGACGCUGACGAUGAUGACAAUGAAAAUGAGGUUGAUGGAGACGGGAAAGAGAAGUCGCCAGAACUGUUUAGCUGUCCCACUGAGGGGUGUAUCAAGAAUUACCAUCGAUAUUCAUCCCUUGAAAGCCAUUUGGAAUACGGAGUAUGCAAGCUGCAGCUGGAAAGACAAAGCCUUCUCGACAAGGCCAAGGCUGUGUAUGUGGAAAAACUAUUGCACAGAGCUGGAGAACAGCCUGUGAUGAAAAGUUCUGAUACUCUUCUUGACAACCGAAAUGACAUGCUGCCUCAGGGGUGGGCACUAAGAACCACUAAAUCUAGCAAGCCCUUUAACAAGAGGCAGAAAUCCUACCUUAAUGAGAAGUUUAACAUUGGCAAUGAGACGGGGCACAAACUUGAUCCCGUGACAGUGAGUCAAGACAUGCGUUUUGCCAAAGAUCAAGACGGAAAUAGGCGUUUUACCUUGAAUGAGUUCCUGACCCCCCACCCCCCCCAGCAGAUACAAUCAUAUUUCUCUCGAAAGGCGUCAAAGCAAAAAAAGGGGCAAGUACAGCCAGUGGACAGACCUGAAGACAGAGUUGCAGCCGAAGACCAGGAGGCCUACUCUAAUACACGAUGUACCAUUGUUAAGGAGUGCCAGCUGAUACACCCAAUAGUGUACGAUUCGUAUAACCUCUGUAAUUUGGUUGCUAAAAAAAGCUUAAAGAAAUUCAGUGCCUCCCUCCUCCGUGUAAUCUGUGAGCAUUUCCAUAUCGAUGUUUCUGUAAUAACUGCCCACUUACAAGCUCCUUAUAUAGCUUUGAUUAACGAUAUAGUUCAAUCGUGCAGUUGUUCAAGCUAA